ACAGGCUUCAAUGUACAAAACAUCUCUCGCUCAUCCCUGCCCGCCGCAGCCACAGGAUUCAAUCUCCGACACUGUACAGAACCUAUAUGUAACCAUAACGUUCACCACAAUUGUGAUUGUCGUCACCUGGAUAUUGUAUCUCUCCAUCCUAGAAAAUGAAGACAUCAAACGCGACUCAUCUGCCCCUCCAAAUGAUGCCACGAACGUUAACAUCAUCAAAGAGAAGCUGGUCAUGUACUCAUCACGCCGCCUCAAGAACAUCACCGACAAUUUCAAGCACGAGCUGGGCAAAGGUGGAUCCGGCAUGGUGUACAAAGGAACGUUAGAAGACGGCAUGCCAGUCGCUGUUAAGGUCCUUCAUGGCGAUUGGUCGAAUAAGCUAAUCAGACGCCAGUUCGAAGCAGAAGUGCGUUUGAUCAGAAGAACACACCAUCCCAAUCUAGUAAAGCUUUAUGGGUUUUGCUUCAACAAGCGAUUGAAAGCGUUAGUUUAUGAGUUCAUGGAGAACGGAUCGCUCGACGGGUUCUUAUUCGAAAGAGAGAAGAAGAAUAAGAUUGAAUUGGAGAAGCUCUAUAGCAUUGCUAUUGGAACCGCUAAGGGCAUUGCCUAUUUGCACGAUGAUUGCCCAGAUAGAAUAAUUCACUAUGAUAUAAAGCCGGAGAAUGUAUUGCUCAAUGUGGAUUUCUCACCUAAGGUGUCAGAUUUUGGGCUGGCCAACCUUUAUAACCGGGACUCGACCCAUGUUCCCAUUUCAGGGUUCAAGGGAACUCCUGCUUAUGCUGCACCAGAAAUGUCGUUGCGUUUUCCGGUCACUCCGAAAUGCGAUGUUUAUAGUUUCGGGAUGUUGUUGUUUCAGAUUCUUGGGAGGGGGCAGAAUUUCGAUUCUAGGAACUCUGGGAUCUUGCAGUGGCUGCCGAGGCAUGUGUGGAUUAAGUUCGAGGAAGGAGCAAUGGAGGAGAUGGUGAGCUAUUUGGGGAUGAGUGGGAAAGAUAAAGAGACGGCAAAGAGAAUGGCUGUGGUUGCUUUGUGGUGUGUUCAACAUCAGCCGGAGCUCCGGCCUCCAAUGAGUACUGUUGUGAAGAUUUUGGAAGGAGAUGUGAUGUUGAAUGAUCCACCAAAUCCUUUCCCUCAAAUGCCGUCUGAUGAUUCUCGAAAUGCUAGGAUCCCAACUCCAUUGGUUAGUUCAAACACUACUCUUUGGUUCUCUCCGGCCUCAACUUGGGACUCUGAGACCUCGACGGAGGAAUAUCUGACUCCUUGAUGAUUAUCAGAGAAAAUACUUAAGGGGUGUUUUGGAUGCCAGAAAUUUAGAUGGGUCUAAAGAUUUUUCUUUCGUUUUUAUUGGUAUGUAAAAUCCAUGAGAAAGAAAUUCUGUUUCUUAUUUUUGGGUAGUGGAUAAAUUCCUUGGAAUCCAAAAGCUGUAUUUGGGUAUUGGGAAGGAUCGCCAACAAUUAUAGUAUAAAUAUUCAUGAGACGGGGAAUUUCAAAAUGAA